CCGGCUAAUACCGUUCCGCGAAUUAAAACACUAUUUGGUGAGAUCUGUUUACGUUGCAGUCUACGAUGGCGCUCGAGGUGGCCAGGUACUCGAGUGUGCCUGAAGUUCAUAGAGCGAGACUCUCUUCCAUUUGCUUUAUUUAUUAGUACUCUAAGGGCUUGUCGUUUCGCUCUCCUCUUGAGAUUCCGCCCAAGUUACCACCACGCAAUAAAGUAAACUGGUUUCCAAUUCGCGUCGCCAUGUCAAACCCGGCUCCGGAAAAGGAGACUGCACAGCAAGCAAUAAUGCCCGUCGUCGACCAGCCGAUACAGAUGAAGCAGGUUCAGGGCUCGGAACAAUGGGCUGCGGCAUCAGAAAUUAGCCCGCCAAAGGCAUUUUCGAAAAACAUGCUCUACAUUUACGUCAUGUGUAUUGCUCCAUUUCUUGUUGGAACAAUGGCUGGCUAUGACGGCUCGGUCAUGGGAAGUUUUCUUGUUGAAGAUUCGUUCCAGAAGCUUUUUGGUGCCAACGUCAACGGGUUUCAAGCUGGAUACAUUACUGCCAUGUAUCAAAUUGGCAGCGUCGCUGCCAUUUUCUUCAUUGGUCCUUCGAUGGACCGCUUCGGCCGCCGCUUUGGUAUUUUUUCGGGCUGCCUUCUUUCUGUUAUUGGCGCUGUCAUCCAGGGUACCUCGGCCAACAGCGGUGCCCUUGGCCAAUUUCUUGCUGGACGUUUCUUUAUAGGCUUUGGCGCUGUGAUUGCCCAGGCUGCUGGUCCGACGUAUUGUGUGGAAAUUGCACAUCCUACACAGCGAGGACUUCUUGCUGGUGGGCAGAACAGUAUGCAGAAUUUCGGCGGCAUUCUCGCAGCAGCUGUCACAUUGGGUACUGUUAACCUCGCUGGAAACGCGGCAUGGCUGAUUCCUACCUGGACUCAGAUUAUAUGUCCCGGCGCGGCCUGUGUAAUUGUCUUGUUCUUGCCAGAGUCACCACGAUGGCUUUACACGCAUAAUCGGCAACAGGAAGCUCUGGACUUUGUGGUAAAAUACCACGGCGAGGGAGAUGCAGAGAAUCCAUGGGUCAAACUGCAGUUAGCCGAGUUUGAGGACCAGCUUGAGAUGGACGGCUCCGAUAAGAGAUGGUACGACUACCGAGCUCUAUUCAACACCCGCGCUCGACGUUAUAGGCUGGGCAACAGUCUGAUGAUUGGAAUUUGGGGCGCACUAUCCAACGGCGGCAUCUCGUAUUUUGUUGGUGCAUUUUUCAACAGCGCGGGUAUCACCGACGCCUACACUGUCCUCCUGUACAAUGUGUGGCAGAAUUUCAUGAGCACCAUGGCGAGCUUCAUUGGUUCACCCCUUUGCGAUUACCUUGGAAGAAGGAAGAUUCUUUUGCCGACGUUAUUUGGCAUGGCCGUAUCUUGGGGAGCAAUGGCUGUAGGAACAGCCCUCGUCGAGGCAGAUCCAGCAAAUGUUGCAGCGGCCAAGGCAGGAAUUGCCUUUUACUUCAUCUUCUCGUUUAUCUACUGCAUUGGAAUCACCCCCUUGCAAGGCGUCUACGCGGUGGAGGUAUUUUCUUACGAACAGCGUGCAAAAGGCAUCGCAUUCCAAUCGCUUGUUGUGAAUGCUGUGGCGCUGAUUAACCAGUUCGGCACGCCGGUAGCUCUGGCCGAAAUCGGAUAUAAAACAUACAUUAUAUUUGGUGUGUGGAAUUUAGUCGAGCUAGUCAUUUCGUAUUUCUGGAGUGUAGAGACCAAGGGCUUCACACUUGAAGAGCUGGACGACAUUUUUGAGAGCCCGAAUCCGAGAAAAGCUUCCACCCAGAGACGGGAGGUUUUAGCUGAUGCCUCCGCUUUGAAGCUUGCCUAAGUACGUCUAUAAUAGUUUAUCAAUAGUGUUGCUUAAUGUAAUAAAUGAAGUAAAUUGUGCAUUCUGUCCUCUGGUCUCCGUCCAGGACGACCUUGUCAGCGUCACCAAUACUCACAGCAGAAACUGAAAGCAGCGUCGCUGUCGCUUCCAGCUACAAUUACUAUAACAUAGAAUGAAAGUGGCAUAAAUAUAUAGUGUAACUCACUUAUAGCAUUAUGCUAAACCAUGCAGUA